AUGAUGCCAUUAGGUCCCACCGUUUGUGUUUCAUUAGGGACUUGGACUCGAGUUAUGCUUUUGGGUGAAGGAUCUCAGGGCAAAGUGUUCUUAGCUAAGCCAACCAUGGGACCUAUUUACUAUGUUGCUGUCAAAGCCGCUUUCAUAACAAAAUCUUCUUCUCUCAUCAUCGAAAAAGAUAUUCUACAACACUUUGUCGGAUGCUCAGAAAUUAUUCAAUGUAUUGGAGAUGAGAUAACCCUCGAAGAGUCUUCUCUUUGUUACAAUCUGAUAUUGGAAUACGCUGCUGGAGGUACCUUAGAGAACUUGAUCAAAAAACAAAAGAUGUUGCCAGAAAACGAGGUGAAGGAAUAUCUUAAAAUGAUAUUGAGAGGGUUGUCUUGUAUUCAUGAUAAAGGGUUUGUGCAUGGCGAUCUUAAACCAACUAACAUUCUUGCAUUCCCUCAAAGUGAUGGUAAGAUGAAGUUAAAGAUAGCUGAUUUUGGACUUUCCAAGAGAUGUGUCCACCAAGAUCAUGAAGUGGUACUAGAUACUGUUACACCAACUUCCAAGCCGAAGUUUAAAGGAACGCCCAUAUACAUGUCACCAGAAUCAGUUGCUUUUGGUAGUAUUAGCCCUCCAUGUGAUAUUUGGUCUUUGGGUUGUAUUCUAGUUGAAAUGAUUACAGGAAAGGAAGUAUGGGAGAGUUGCGAAACUAGUGGUCAGUUCAUUAAAAAGCUCGUAUAUGAGAUGGAAUUACCAGCUGAUAUACCAGAAGAAUUAUCUAGAGAAGGAAGAGAUUUUCUUGCAAGCUGCUUUGAUCAUGACCCUAAACGAAGAUGGACGGCUCAUAUGUUACUCCAACAUCCUUAUCUUACACAAGAAAAUUAA